AUGGGCUUCAAAGACAGUGCCAAUGUCAGAGGUAAGGAUUCGGAACGCAUCAAUGAAAUAUGGAAGGAUGAGUGUCAGGCACGGUUGGUGCCUCCCUUGACCAGCAAGGCGCUCAGCAAUGCAUAUGACUACAGGCCUGAGGUGGGGGAUACAGUCGAGGUUCGAUCCCCGGCUACGGCACAUGCUCCCGCUAGUUGGUGGAGUGGCGAGAUUGUCAGCAUUCGAGCUGAUGAAUUUUUCUAUGUCAAAAACACCGACUUACAUGAGCCUAUUAUCGUGGAGCGAGGGAACCUUCGUCGGCCCGUCGGGCAUCAUAUGGACGGAAAUGACUCUGGUCCUACGAACUUGACGGACUUGAGUUCAGAGACUGUCCAGGUCCCGAGAGUCCUCGCCGAUUGGAUAAUGAGUGAUGAUGGUCAAGGCUGCCUCAAUCAAGUAGCGAUCAAGUCCGGCCUUCUUAAGGUAACGCCUCGAGCCGAUGCAAAGAGUGGUCCUUCGGUUACUCUAGUGGGAAGUCAGCGUGACCUUCACCGCGCUAAGCUACUACUCGAUGUUCACGUGAAGCACCAGAAGGACAUCCAGAGCUUCCACGAGAAGCGGCAAGCGAUGCUCGACGCACUGUCAUCUCGUCGUGAGAAGUUGGAAAGCCAGGAGUCGACUACUUUCAAUAUCGAUGCAAAUUUGGUCGGCGUUAUGAUUGGCAAGAACGGGGCUCACAUCAGUCGGGUUAUCAAGGACUAUGGCGUGGAGGUGAAUGUAGCUGACAAGGGCACUGCUAGAGAUCCUCAAUCGAGGAGGGUGGUCAUAUACGGUCCAUCAGUAGAAGCUGUUAAUAAGGCUAGAGCCGAACUCGAGUACCUCGUUGAGAGUCAUCUACAGUAUCACGACGUGUUUGAAGAUAUGGCUAAGGAGUCUAGAGAGCUCGGUGACGAGUUUUAUCGGCUAAAUGAUGUACCCGAUUAUCAGCGAAGAGGAAAGGGCAAAGGUAAAGGUAAAGGGAAAGGCAAGGGUGGUGGUGGUGGUAAAGGGCGAAGUAGAGGAAGUGGAUCCUCUGAUUCUACGAACUCAGCGGGUGCCGGCUGGCCCGACCGACGGAAAGGGUCGGUUGGUCAGCGAAAUACUGCUUCUAGUGCUAAGAAGUGGGUUCAAGUGAAGAAGGACGUAGCGGCACCAUCGGUUGCUAGCUGA